AUGCUCCUGCAGGAUGUUCUUCUUCUUGAUGGUGUUGCUAUAUUUGAGGAUGAUCAUAAUCUGUUUGCUAAUUUUACAGAAGGGGUAAGUGGUCAAAGCAUGGGGAUUGAGAAGGGCCUGAAAAGGAUAGCUGCAUUGCAGGGUAGAGACAGAUACGAGUUUAUGAGAGUGUUGACUAUGGAUUUUGUGGAGUCUUUGUUCCUUGCUUUCAUAGAGAUAAAGACGAGUGGAAGGCACAUGCUCUAUUCGAACAGCAGAAACAUCCAAACACAUCUCAUUCACCUGAUGGCCCAUUUCUCAAAGAGCGGUCACCCAUCGGCUGUGAUUAAAGUAUCCUCCCAAUCAGCAGCUCAAAAUUUUGAUACAGUGUGGUCCGGUGAUGCUUGGUUAUGCGACAAGCAGCUGAAGCACUAUCCAGCUUUCGCCAAAGGCGGAACCAAUGUUUCAGUAUAUUCCUUCGUGUGGAUCCCCGAAAACGAGACCAAAGGAUUCCCUGCAUAUGUGGAGGACUUGUUCGAGGACCGCAAGGGCGAAAAGAUGGUCAGGCUGCGGCCAUUCCUAUCCUGGGAGGACGUCGAGCCUCUUGUUCCCAAUCUGAAACCCCGACCCAGGGAGGUUUUCAUGACCUCGACUGAGCUGGAGAUGAGCACGAAGCAGAUCGCCGGCCCAGUUGACAUCCUUGACAGCGGCAUGCGGGGCUGCUGGUUCAGGUGCAAAAUUUUGCAUUCUGCAGCAAAUCGCUUCAAGGUUCAAUACUUUGACGUGACCGACGUUGAUGGCCCAGGGAAGCUUGAGGAAUGGGUAGCUAGAGGCCGAGUAGCCAACCCUGACAAACUGGAAAUGAGAUCUAGGGGCCGACUGACGGUGAGACCGUGGCCUGUUGGGGACUCUUCAGGCUUCAAAACCGAGGUGGGGACCGCGGUUGAUGUAUGGUGGUGUGAUGGGUGGUGGGAGGCUGUCAUAACCGGACUCGACACUUCUGCAAAUAGGAACCUUCAAGUUUACUUACCUGGGGAGAACAGUUUUUUGUUCGUAGAUAGAAAAAAUUUAAGAGUUUCGAAAGACUGGGUCAACGACCAAUGGGUGGAUGUCAAGCCAAAGCCCGACAUUUUUACGUUCCUGAACUCAUAUUUAAACCCGCAAUCGACAGUGCAUCUGCCUUAUGCUAACAGUAAUAAUUUUACAAUUGCGACUAGCAAUGUUCCCUCGUCUUCUGGGGGCAGCAAGAAAAAUGUGGAGGAUUUACAGUUGGAGCAGCUGCUGAAGAUUCAAGAGAAAGAAGGGCGGGUUCAGGAUAAAAGCACGGGGAAUGUGGCGAAAAAUGGUAAAGGGAAAAAAGUAGUUCAACUGGGGAAAUCCGGCGGGCAGGCUUCAACGGUGAAGGAAUAG